AAAAAAGUAUAUAAAUGACUAGAGCGAGUUUUUGGACAUGGGCAACAUGAGGAUGUAAAUCAUCAAAACAAUGCCUACAGGAAAGGCCUUGACUUGGGAACCUUGGGCUUUGGAUAUUGGGAACAUGGGCGCGGCGUUGUUUUGCACUUGGGCUCGGAAUAUUGUUUAUCUGCAAACCUUUUUUACAACUGAAACUUUUACAACUGAAGCUUUUACCAUCAUACUCUAUCUGGCAUAAGAAAUGGGGCUUUAUUACAGCCUCUGAGCAAAUACAAUUCUUUGUCU